CGGUGGGUGUGGAUGGUUCGGGAACUUUGGAAAUGCCCUUCCCCGCCAGGCUGGUUGUUCUCAGCAGCGGAGGUAUGAAUGAGCUGAGUAUCUGAUCUGAGGAAGAGGAGUAGUAGUAGUAGUACUAGUAGCAGCUGCAACAGACAGAAGAGAGGGGAGACAGAACUUGGAUCCAGUGACAGGACAGGACCUUCCAUUCUUCUGAGAACAGAGUUUCUCUUUCUGGUUUCUGCAAGUAAAUCCUUUGGAAGAAGGAUCAUUGUCACCUUAUCUGUUCCUGCUGCCAUCAUGACAAUAUUCCGGGCGAUUGUAUUCUUCAUAAUUUAUGUGAUGAACACAGGCCUGAGUAGCCAGUCUGUCCUGGCUGAAACCAGCUCACACCCCCACGAUGCCUCAGCGGGAAGCGCCGACCCCCAAGAGGCCGGGAUGUCCCCAGCGAUGCUCCAGGACCUGCUGUGGUUUUACCGGACAGAAGACCCAUCUGCAUGGAAUUACUCUAUCCUGGGCCUUUCGUUUGUGGUCCUGUUAAUAGGCAUCGUCCUCCUGGGAGUCAAUGUCAAAGCAAACAGGAGCCGGAAGGCCAUGUUCCCGACGGGAGAAGGCUAUGAAGAAGCCGCCCAGAAUGAUGAGAUGGAAGUGAAGCACGCUUCUCUGCCUCUGAAGGAAGACAGCCCCUCGGACCCCGCGGCAGAGAAUUUCCUUCCCCCAGCACAAUGCCCGCCGGGGCAGGUGAUAAUCCAGUGGAAGGACGGGAACGUCACAAGCCUGUAUGAAAACGUGUCCGAAGAGGAUGCAUAACAGAAGGCAGGUCUGCAUCCAGCACUGGGAACUCUCUUGGGAUGGCAGGACCGGCCCGCACGUUUGGCCCACCCAAAUCCCAAACAGAGCCACGUUCAUCAAGAGGAACAAAAGAAGAAGCGAAGGGUGGGGAUAUGUGUCCCCUUGAACAGGGACUCCCAGAUGUUGUUGACUACAACUCCCAGAAUCCCCCGCCAAAGGCCACUGCAGCUGGAUCCUGCAAAUUUAGAACGUAAUUUUUAACGUUGCCUUGUUUGCAUGCUUUUGUGCACUGCCUGGAGCCUUCGGAGUGGGCAGUAUAUUAAAAGUUUCAAAUAAAUAAAUAAAUAAAUAAAUAAAUAAAUCCUC